AUAAUUCUGAAACUUUAGAAAUUUCAGAAAGUAAUCUUUUAGAAAAUAAAAUUUGGACUGAAGAAGAAAUCUCUAAAUUUAAAAUAUUAUAUCAAAAAACAAAAGAUAAUUUAGAAAAACAAGAUGAUGAUAAUCAAAAAUUAGAUGAAGAAAUUAAUUUAUUACAAAAUUAUGAAUUUAAAGAAUCUUUUGAUAAAGGAUGUUGUGAAAAAACUUGUUUACAAACUCAAUGUGAUUAUUCAGUAGCAUUAUUAAGGCAUUUGAAUUUUAAAAAUCUUUCUAAAUUAUUUCAAGAUAUGUUUUUAUUAG